AAUGGUCGGGAAUACAAAGACCAUAGUAACUGGAUCUCCAGCGUGGAUCGCUGCAUGGCAUGCAUGUGUGUGGAUGGUGUCACUACCUGCUCCAGGUUACAGUGUAUCACUUCUUGCAGCAGUCACAUAACAUUGCCUGGAGAGUGCUGUCCUCUGUGUGCAGACUGUGUAGUUAAUAAAAAGGUGUAUGUUCCUGGGGACAGUUUCCAUCCCUCUGAAGAUCCAUGUGAUAUCUGCACAUGUGAGCGUUUACCAGAUGGCCGGCAAUACAGACGUUGCAGCAGAAAGCAGUGUCCCAGCCUCUUGGAUUGUCCCAGGAAUCAAAUUUUGCCACCUGCUGUUGGCCAGUGCUGUGCCAGCUGUGCCCAGGCUCUGAGCAACUGCACAGACCUAUUGGUGGGAAGUGAGAUACAGGCUAUCAAUGACCCCUGUUACACCUGCCACUGCAAGGACCUAACAUGGGUGUGUGAACAUAGACCCUGCCCAAUACUCAGCUGCCCUCGUUCAGAACAGAUUACACCGCCUGGUUCAUGUUGCCCAAUAUGCACUGAAUGUAUGGUUGAGCUUGAAGGACGGAGGGUUCCAGAUGGAGAGACUUGGGCAGACAGACAAAAUCCAUGUAUCACCUGCACCUGUACAGUGAGUAGUGUUUAU